AUGAGCAGGGUGCUGCUGGCAGGCAGAAUGCAGCCGGAGAGCCGGAGUGUCUGUGUCUUCCUGCCCACCCGUGAGCAGCUCAGCCUAGUUGUCGGGGUCAAAGCCACUGGACAGGAGCUCUUUCAGCAAGUUUGCGAUUUGGUGAAGAUUAAAGAGCCUCACUUCUUUGGCCUCAGCAUUGUUAAAAAUAAUGAGUAUGUUUUUAUAGACCUGGAGCAGAAACUCAGCAAAUACUUUUCAAAGGAAUGGAAGAAAGAGACCACCAAAGGAACAGAGAAAUUCAGCCCUCCUUUCGUUGCGUUCUUCAGAGUACAAUACUAUGUAGAAAAUGGAAGAGUCAUAAGUGAUAAGGUGGCACGGCAGCUCUACUACUGCCAUCUCAAAGAGCAAGUCCUUAUGUCUCGGUGCAACCACAAAGAAGAGAUCUACUUCUUGCUGGCUGCCUACAGCUUGCAGGCAGACUUCGGCAACUACAAGGAGAAAGUCCAUGCUGGCAAAUACUUUGAACCUCAGGCUUAUUUCCCACAAUGGAUAAUUGCAAAAAGGGGGAGUGACUACAUCUUGAAACAUGCUCCAGAGAUGCAUCAAGAACAGCAAGGACUAAGUGCUAAGGAAGCAGUGCUGAAGUUCAUUAAGGAGUCCUGCCUGCUGGAAGACGUGCCAGUCCACUUCUACAGGCUGCAGAAGGAUAAGAAGGAGGAUCGCCCGACAGUUAUCCUGGGCCUGACCCUGAGAGGAAUGCACAUCUAUCAGGAGGUGAAUCACGUUCGCCAGCUCCUCUAUGACUUUCCCUGGUCACACAUUGGGAAGCUGGCAUUUCUGGGGAAAAAAUUUGAGAUCCAGCCGGAUGGUUUGCCCUCUGCACGGAAACUAGUUUACUACACAGGUUGCCCCUUCAGGUCACGACACUUGCUGCAGCUCCUCAGCAACAGCCACCGGCUGUUUUUGAAUAUCCAGCCAGUGUUGAAGCAAAUCCAAAAACUGGAGGAGGCUGAAGAGAAAAAGCGCUACCGAGAGUCCUAUAUCAGUGACACUCUGGAUAUGGACCUGGACCCGUGUGACAAACACUCGCGCGGCAGCGGGAGCAGCCGGAGGGAUAAUCGCCUCUCGCGCCAGUCCACAGGGAGUCAUGGCAGCUCUCACACAUCAGGCAUCGAGGCUGACGCCAGGCACCGGGUGUCAGUGGAAAUGUCGGUGGAUGAGCCCUUCAGCAUUGAGAGGGUGCACAGGAAAGAGAUAUCCUGCAGCUCAACCAUCAGCUAUGGUAGCUCUGGCAUCGACAGUGGCAGCAAAGGCCGGGCUGAAGAUGACUCUCAGGAUGAUGAGCUUGAGCUGGCAGUAGAUGAGCCAGAGGAGGUGCCUGUAGAUGAGCCCUUAGAGGGAGACCCAUUAGAGGAGGCCACUGUGGGAGAGUCUGUUGAAUCUCUUCCUCUAGAUGCUGCUAGCUGCCAAGCUAUAAAUGAGGAAUCGCUGCCUGUGGUACAAGUCACACUAAUAAAAAUGAGAGGACAAAGUGUGGAAUCCCUUCACCAGGUCAGGUCACCCAAAAGCAGGAGCUGCACAGACCAGCACAGCCAGAGCUUGGAUGACAUCCGCCUUUACAAGCACCGACACCCACCGCUAAGUGCCACGCUGUCUUCAGACACUUCCCACAGCUACACGUUUGGCUGCAGCCUGGAGGAUAAGCUGUCUGUCUAUGGCUGCGUUUAUUCCACGGCAGACUGCAAAACCAAGUCUGCCCUUUAUGGCAAGAGAUCUAUGAACUGCCUCUCUUUGGAUCUUCUGGGAGAGGACCAGCUCCCAGAGGAGUUUGUGGUGUAA